AUGACCAUCCCCCUCUUGACUAGCAUCGAGGACGCCCUCGCGCUCAUCCUCGAUUGCUCAGCCAACCUAGCCCGCGUGCAAUCCAGCCUCCUCCCGGCUCUUCGCAAGCUCAGUAGCAACGCCUCUGCCGAUGCAGAGUCCAACGCACGCAGCGGGCCAAGCUCAAGUCGCACCCAUACUCCUUCUUCUUCUGGUUCUUCCGCUUCAGAAACUAUCCUCUGCCAGCCUAUCGAAGGCAAUAUCGACCCGCUCUCUGCCCUCGACCCAGCUGUGCACUCGCUAGGAAUGCUCUACAUCCUCGCUGCGAGAGCAACGCAUUCAGCAAGCUCAACAGAUAAUGCAACUAUCCUCUUGCCGCACAUCACGGCAUUCGUACAGCGAUUCGAUCUCGCUCAGGUGCAGCUUGCCGGCGACAAGCUCACACAGCUGGCAGCCAGCUUUUCCAGCCUCGGAGACCGAGUGACCAACCCAGAAUCGGCCUUGCAGCUCUUACAGGCGCUCGCCUCAAGAUUCCUGAGCAAACCAGAGAGCAUCACCACCCUACAUCCCCUGCUCGCUUAUCAAUAUCUCAAAACAGCAAGAUACGCAGAGGCUGCAACGAUGCUCAUCGAUCAUCCUCUCAUCGAUGCAGAUACCACCAUCACGCCUUUGACCCAAUCGGACGUCCUCCAAUACUUUUACUAUGCCGCGCUCAUCUACAUCAAGCUCGAACGCUUGCAUGACGCCAUCGAUGCGCUAGAGACGUGCAUAUCGAGUCCGGCCGUGGCAAUCAGUGCGAUCCAUAUGGACGCCUACAAAAAGCUCGUCUUGGUCCAGCUGCUUGCAGAUGGAAAGACGUCGCCCGUACCCCAGUACACGCCGCAGGCGAUCACAAGGUCGUUCAAGCAGCUUGCACAACCCUACGCUUCUUUUUCAUCGGCUUACGAGCGAAGCGACGCCCUGAGUGCCGACGAAGUUUUUCGCAUUGCUGACGAGAAGCGCGAUGCUUUCGAAAAGGAUCGAAACGUCGGGCUAGUAAGAAGGUGUUUGGCGCUUCACAGGCAGCACAGAAUUCAACGGCUUGCCAAGUUGUACAGCGCACUUUCGCUCAACGACAUUGCGGAGAGGAUCGGCGUUCAAGGUGCCGAUGCGGUCCAGAGCGUAUAUUCUGAUGUUCAAAACAUCGUCCGCAAAGGAUGGAUCCAUGCCAAUCUCGCUCCCCCAGCAUCUACACCCUCUACUGCUCCAGAUGCAGUCAGCGGUGACUGGGUGAUUCGAUUCGACACAUAUGGCGGCGACGCGUACACGUCAACCACUACCAUCUCGCUGCUCGAGGACAAGAUCCGAACGGCCAAACAGUGGCAGACGCUGUUGCAGCAGAGGGACAGACAGGUGGAAAAGAGUCAGGCCUACCUGACGCGCGGAUUAAAGGUCCGUGAUGCGAGAACGGUCGGUGCAGACGCAUACUCGGGCGCCGACGAGUUUGACGAUACUGACUAUUGA